AUGAGUCAAAUCCUAACGCUAACAGCAUUACUCGUUAUUUCUUUUUAUGUGACUUUUUCAUCUUCUAUCUCGAUUCCUAAAUAUGAUAAAUUAUUAGUGUUUGGUGAUUCCUAUUCUGAUGAUGGAAAUGUGUACAAAUUAUCGAAUGGAACUUGGCCACCUCCCUUCUAUUUUAAAGGUGGAUUCUCGAAUGGUCCACUUUGGACAGCUUUUCUAUCUCAAAGUCUUUCGGCUCAAUUAGAGAAUUACGCAUAUGGAGGUGCGACUGCCGAUGAUGACUUUAUUCAAGGUUAUUCCGGAGCAGAUGGAACGCUCAAAGUUCCAGGAUUAAAACGGCAAGUUGAGGCUUUCUCUGCUAAGCUUUCUAACGGAACCGAUCUUAGUCACAGUCUAGCUGUGGUUUGGUUAAUAGGGAAUGAUUAUCUUAAUACCAACUGGACAGCUGCCCCCUCGAAUGUAAUAGCAAGAUCAGCUUUAUCUUGGUAUCUUUUGUAUCAAAAAGGAGUUCGAAAUUUUUUAUUGCCAAACAUGCCCGAUGUCUCGCUUUUUCCAUACUUCAAAGGGUCAGAUCCAUCUUAUCUCGCUAUAAUCAAAGACGUUUAUCAAAAAAAUAACGCAGAACUCAAAAAAUCGAUCGACACCUUCAAACAAGCAAAGCCUGAUGUUAAAGUCUAUGAUUUCCAAACCGAUCAAUUUUGGGUGUAUUAUCGACAGGUGCAAGCUUCUAGACUUGGCGUCACAGAUUUCGUAGAUGCGUGUGCGAGUACUUACGAGAAUAAACCGUUAACUAUUUGUUCCAAUCCGGAUAGUUAUUUCUAUUGGGAUGACUUUCACCCUGAAGCAAAAACUGAGCAAGCUCUUGCGGCUGCUUUUUAUGCGUCAUUGGGUAAUUAA